AUGAAGCAGGACCACUGCCUGGGCCAGCUGCCAUCGGGCAACACACAAGCCCACAGAGCAUCUAUUCACAUCUAUCUAUCUAUCUAUCUAUCUAUCUAUCUAUCUAUCUAUCUAUCUAUCUAUCUAUCCCAGUCUAUUCAUUAUCUAUCGCAGUUGUGUAACAUAAUUUGUUGCUAUCUAUCUAUCUAUCGAUUUAUCUAUCUAUCUCUGUUAUCUAUCAAAUUUAAAAAAAUAGCUAUUUUAUCUCAGUCUGUUCAUAUCGAUCAAUCUAUCUCAAUCUGUUCAUAUCUAUCUAUCUAUCUAUCUAUCUAUCUAUCUAUCUAUCUAUCUAUCUAUCUCAAUGAGAUUCUUUUUUCUUUCUCUUUACGACAAGAUUCCAGUACGAUAAAUCAAUCAAUCAAUCAACCAACCAACCAACCUAUUUAUCUAUCUAUCUAUCUAUCUAUCUAUCUAUCUAUCUAUCUAUUCUCGUCUAUUCACAUCUAUCUAUCUAUCUAUCUAUCUAUCUAUCUAUCUCAGUCUAUCACAUCUAUCUAUCUAUCUAUUUAUUUCGUCUGUUCAUAUCUAUCUAUCUAUCUAUCUAGUCUGUUCAUAUCUAUCUAUCUAUCUAUCUAUCUAUCUAUCUAUCUAUCUAUCUAUCUAUCUAUCUCAUUCUCUAGCCGCCAUGAUGGUCCAUUUAAAUUCCCUUGUUGUCAACCAGAACUUUCAAGAAACGUUUCCAACCCAGCCAGAGCGACGCUCCCGUCCAUUUCCUCCGUCGAGACAGUGGCCGAAGUAAAGGUGUUUCUAAAACUUUCUCAAUUACCCAUCUCUCUCUUUCUGCAUUCUCGUAUUUGCUCUCUCUCUCUCUCUCUCUCUCUCUCUCUCUCCCUCUACACUCACUCAUUUGCUUUGUCUCUCAGUCCAUACUCUCUUAUAUGCCUUCUCUCUCUCUCUCUCUCUCUCGGGUGCUUGAUUAAGUUCUCAAUUAUCCUCCCACUCUCUCACUCCACACUCUCUCAUUUCCUUUCUCUCUCUCUCUCUCUCUCUCAGCAGUUCAUUUACUUUGUCUCUCUCUCCGCACUCUCUCAUUUCAUUAUUCUCUCUCUUUCUCUCUGCUGCUUGAGAACAUUCUCAAUUAUCCUCCCUCCCUCCUCCCCUCACUCUCCCUCCCUCACUCUCCCGCCCUCACUCUCCCGCCCUCACUCUCUCCUCCUCACUCUCCCUCCCUCACUCCCACUCUCUCAUUUUCUUUGUCUCUUUCUCUUUCCCACUCUCUGCUUUCUCUCUCUUUCUCUCACUCUCUCAUUUGCUUUGUCUCACUCUCUUCACUCUCUCAUUUGCUUUGUCUCUCUCUCUCUCUCACUCAGCACUCUUUCAUUUUCUUUGUUUCUUUCUCUUUCUGCCCUCUCUUCUUUGAUUUUCUCUCACUCCACACUCUCUCAUUUCCUUUGUCUCUCUCUCUCUUCACACUAUCUCAUUUCCUUUUUCUCUCUUUCUCUCCGCUGCUUGAGAACUUUCUCAAUUAUCCUCCCCUUCUCCCCCCUCUCUCUCCGUUGUCUACGCACUCUCAUUUGCAUUGUCUCACUCUCUCUCUCUCCGCACUCUCUCAUUUGCUUUGUCCCUCUCUCUUCACUCUCUCAUUUGCUUUUCUCUCUCUCUCUCUCAUUUCACUCUCUCAUUUGCUUUGUCUCUCUCUCUUACUCUCUCAUUUGCUUUGUCUCUCUCUCUCUUCACAUUUGCUUUGUCUGUCUCUCUCAUUUGCUUUGUCUCUCUCUCUUCACUCUCUCAUUUGCUUUCUCUUCUCUCUCUCUCUUCUCUUCACUCUCUCAUUUGCUUUGUCUCUCUCUCUUCACUCUCUCAUUUGCUUUGUCUCUCUCUCUUUACUCUCUCAUUUGCUUUGUCUCUCUCUCUCUCUUCACUCUCUCAUUUGCUUUGUCACUCUCUCUUCACUCUCUCAUUUGCUUUGUCUCUCUCUCUCUCUUCACUCUCUCAUUUGCUUUGUCUCUCUCUCUUUACUCUCUCAUUUGCUUUGUCUGUCUCUCUCUUCACUCUCUCAUUUGCUUUGUCUCUCUCUCUCUCUUCACUCUCUCAUUUGCUUUGUCUCUCUCUCUUCACUCUCUCAUUUGCUUUGUCCCUCUCUCUUCACUCUCUCAUUUGCUUUGUCUCUCUCUCUCUUUACUCUCUCAUUUGCUUUGUCUCUCUCUCUCUCUUCUCUCAUUUGCUUUGUUUGUCUCUCCUCUCUUCACUCUCUCAUUUGCUUUGUCUCUCUCUCUUCUUCACUCUCUCAUUUGCUUUGUCUGUCUCUCUCUUCACUCUCUCAUUUGCUUUGUCUCUCUCUCUCUUCACUCUCUCAUUUGCUUUGUCUCUCUCUCUCUUCACUCUCUCAUUUGCUUUGUCUCUCUCUCUCUUCACUCUCUCAUUUGCUUUGUCUCUCUCUCUUUACUCUCUCAUUUGCUUUGUCUGUCUCUCUCUUCACUCUCUCAUUUGCUUUGUCUCUCUCUCUCUGAUUUCUCUUCUCUCUCUUUCUCUCUCAUUUGCUUUGUCUCUCUCUCUCUUUACUCUCUCAUUUGCUUUGUCUCUCUCUCUCUUCACUCUCUCAUUUGCUUUGUCUCUCUCUCUCUACUCUUCACUUUGUCUGUCUCUCUUUCACUCUCUCAUUUGCUUUGUCUCUCUCUCAUUUCUUUGUCUCUCUCUUUACUCUCUCAUUUGCUUUGUCUGUCUCUCUUCACUCUCUCAUUUGCUUUGUCUCUCUCUCUCUUCACUCUCUCAUUUGCUUUGUCUCUCUCUUCACUCUCUCAUUUGCUUUGUCUCUCUCUCUUCACUCUCUCAUUUGCUUUGUCUGUCUCUCUCUUCACUCUCUCAUUUGCUGUCUCUUUCUCUUUCUGCACUCUCUUCUUUGCUUUAACUUUCUCAAUUAUCCUCCCCUACUCUCCUCCUCUCUUUGUCUCACUCUCUCUAUCCUCACUCUCUCAUUUGCUUUGUCUCUCUCUCUCUCUGCUCUCUCUCAUUUGCUUUGCCACUCUCUAUCAUAAGUCUGUUUACUCUUUCCGACUCUUACUCGCGUUUCGUUUUUUAUCAUUCUCGCGAGCUGACCUAACAAAUAUCUAUCUAUCUAUCUAUCUAUCUAUCUAUCUAUCUAUCUAUAUAUGA